AUGAAAUUUCUAAUUUUUCUACUAGCGACUGUUUUUAUCUUUACCACCGUUUGUAAUGCCCUACACAACGAGCAUCGUCGUGGUAUGGAAGAUGGAGUAUAAAAGAAAUUAUUUAAACUAUUUUUAGUCCCUCCAUGCACUGAUGAGUUCUGCACCAUGCUCUGCAUAGAAGACGGGUAUCAAUACGGAAAGUGCGAAAAUAAAAGAUGUAAAUGUUAUAGAACAACUACCGUGAAGAAUCGAAGCGCUUAA